AUGUCAGAAUCCCUUCGCAGAGCAUUGCUGGCUAAAAUGAACAAAUCGGACUCUCUCAUACAAUCAAAGAGAAGCACAAAUGAUUCCACCAACCCCAUUUCACUGAAUAACACUUGUCCCGGCAAUCUUCCAAGUUGGCAGGAAUUUUUCACCCAGAAUGAGCAAUUCUUCAUCAACAAUGGCUCUUAUAGGUUUAACACUUAUUUCUCGUUACCAGAGCCUGAGCUACUUCUCAAAGCUUCCAAGAGUCAGAGCAUUCCAAUUUUCAUAUUCCAUCAUGGAGCCGGGUCGUCGGCUUUGAGUUUUGCUCCUUUGGCUCAGUCUUUGCAAGAGAAGCUCGAGAAUCUUUGUGGUACGUUUGCAUUCGACGCCCGAGGUCAUGGUCUUACCGAGACCCCUGAUACCGCGACCUUUCGAUUGGGAGACUUCGUGUCCGAUUUCUGCCAGAUUUUAGACCUCUUCUACAGCCGUUUCCUUCGAAAUCGCUUUUCAGACCGCACAUUUUCACUUGUUCUAGUAGGGCACAGUCUGGGAGGCAGCAUUUGUUCAAGCGCAUUUCAUGAAAUAAACGAUCAAUUACGUCAAAGAAUUGUGGGUGUCGCAAUGCUGGACAUUGUAGAAGAAGCUGCUAAGAAGGCCUUGAACACAGUCGACACUUUUCUCACGAAAACGCCAAACCUCUUUCCCGACUACACGGCAGCAAUAGAUUGGCAUGUACAGAAAGGACUUUCUCGUUUGAAGACUAGCGCUCAAAUAAGCAUUCCAAGCCUUUUUACCCCCACAGCUUCUGGCAAAGUCGUACGCAGAACAAACCUUCAAAUAUUCCGUCCUUUCUGGGAUUCUUGGUUUACAGGUCUUUCGAGUAAAUUUGUGGCUUUACCAACCAGCAAGCUCCUGGUACUAGCCGGAGACGACAAUCUGGACCGUGAGCUGAUAAUAGGACAAAUGCAAGGCAAGUUUCAAUUGGUUGUCUUUCAAGACUCUGGUCAUUUCAUAGAGGAGGAUUGCCCAAGCAAAACCGCUAUCACUCUCAUCGACUUCUGGAGGCGCAACGACACGAAAAACUUAGUUAUAAAGACGAACUGGACCAAGAAUGGCUCUCCCAUUUCGUUAAAUUAG